AGCCUACUGUGAGUGGGUCUGGAGUAUUGGUAGUCCACACUCGACCGAUUUUUUUUUGACUGGCACAAACUUUUUGCUCUGUCAUGCCUUCACCGCGGUUCCGUGAACAUAAACCAGGAAUUCGGGUGAAUGCAAGGAUAUUUAUUUGAACAGGUUAAAGAGUUAUUUAUUCGAUUUAUACAUUUCGGUGUUUUGGUCUGAGUUAUUCUUUAGAAAUAACGGCGGCGCUACAACUCCAAGACGCGCUGCGCGUUCGUCUUCCUCAGAUCAACAUGAUGUCUGCCAUAGACUCUAGUAACUCCAUGUACCAACCAGCGCAACUUUUAAACUGGGUAUAUAUGUCUUUGCAAGACACCCAUCAGACCAAUGCCUUCGAUGCGUUCAGACCGGAGUCCGAGAGUUCUCCACCGGAUCUGAACAACUACAAGCAACGGUUCGCAUCUGCUGUCGACCUGAGCUCUGCGCUCAACUCAAACUAUCUCAACAACUUUUUGCAACUCCAGAAGAAUGAGGUUUUAAACAACAACUUGUACAAAAGCUCCUCUUUGUACGGGUCUCUCAACAACAUCGUGGAUGGCCUGAGCUCUCUCACAGACCAUUUCUCUGAGCUCUCCCUUUCCUCUGAGCCACGCAAACCCAGCAAGCGUCCUCCUCCCAACUACCUGUGCCAUCUCUGCUUCAACAAGGGACACUACAUCAAAGACUGUCCCCAGGCUCGGCCCAAAGGCGAAGGCCUGACCCCUUACCAGGGAAAGAAGAGGUGCUUCGGGGAGUACAAGUGUCCUAAAUGCAAGAGGAAGUGGAUGAGCGGUAACUCCUGGGCCAACAUGGGACAGGAAUGUAUCAAGUGCCACAUCAACGUCUACCCUCAUAAGCAGAGGCCCCUGGAGAAGCCAGAUGGUUUGGAUGUUUCGGACCAGAGCAAGGAGCAUCCUCAACAUCUGUGUGAGAAAUGCAAAGUGCUUGGCUACUACUGCCGGCGUGUGCAGUAGUACCUAGUAUUUCACAGCCUACCUGUCUUAUAUCCUAGCCUGGAUGCCGGAUCUGGACUCAGGCUAGGUCUUACGUUUACUUCCUGGUCCUUGCGCUUACCUAACGCCCCCCCCCCCCUUCCCAACAGGUUUAUGAAGAGGUUGACAAAGUGACAUCUCAGGCUGCAAGCCCGUCAACCUGCUCUUUUGUACUGUGACACAUUGACUUGUUUGUCUCGUGUGUGUAUGAAUUGGGGACUUUUUAAUUUCGCCAAAGUCAACUGAACGAGUGAACUGGAAUUCACAUUUUCAGUGCAAAUGAACAUUUAAUUGAGAUUGAACUUUGAUCCCGGUGUGUAUCGCUCUGUCAGUCACUGUCAGUGCGAUAAGUCUCUCGCAGGCAUGGCUUCACUUUUUCCCGAAUCUCAAGUGUGUCCACACGGGGUGAAUGUCAUCUGUGAACUGCAUAGAUGUUGCUUCGGGUCUGAAUGAACCUCAGCCUGGGUGAGAUCUGUUUUUUUAGCACCGUUCGUCCACCUGCUUUUAUUAGAGCUUGUAUGAACUCACUAAAUGAACGUCCUUAAAUAAUUUAGAUGGUGCAAGCCUGUUGUUGGAAGAAACGGCACAUCUUAUUUGUGUCCCAAAUGUCACACUAUUCCCUAAAGGGCCCCUACUUUUGACCAGAGCCAUUGGAGAAAGAGCCCUUAUCAACUGUGAAUGAACUAACAGACGGAUUGUGUAAAUGUCGGCCUCUCUUGGCAUUUAUCUUACAUUUCAAUGUAUUUAUUACUUUAGAACUAACAUGUUUCAUUUGAAAUAUACAGCAUUAACUGAGUGUUUUUUAUAUAUUGUGCAAUAUAAUCCAUUCAGACUCAAUGAAAUUGUGUUGUAACCUUCUAAUACAUCUUUUGAGACUGCUGUGGAUCAAAGCGUAUCUAUUUCAUUAGCUGUGGAAAGCAGGGCUAAAAAGUCAGUUUACAUUAGAAAUGUAUAGGAAAGAACAUUGGGAAAGUGCAGCACAUUAUGCACCACAGUAUGAGGUUUGGGACAAUUCCAUUAUACAUAUAUGGUCAGUUCAGCAAAUAAACUAAAAGUUCAAAUCCAAUUCUCUGUUUUUCAGUGAGGACAAUGUGGAAGUGUAAUUUGAUUUACUUUUUAAAUUGACUGUAUUUGAAAUAGGAUUGACCCCAGCCGUGCACUGAUCUUAACGUGCUGUUUGUGGUAUAGGAGUCACCCGAAGAAUCUCUGAGACACUACCUUUACAAACACAGAACCAAACAACUGCAGCGAAAAAGUAUUGAGGUUGAAUCCUUUGAAUUAAUUCGUUAACUUAUCAUUUUAAAUCAACUUGGAUUAGAUCCUGGCAAUCAUAGUUUUUUUUUCUGUUUUGAACUCCUUUAUCUAUAUUUAAAUGGUAUUUGACCAUUUUCUUCUAUAUAUUUUUUAUAUCCAUUUAAUGGGUCUAUAUGAGAAAGUCAUGGGAUUUCAUAUGUAUUUUUUGUACUCUGGUUUUGUCUGUAUAAAAUAUGCAACAAAUCUCUGCAAAGAAGGAAAUAUUAAAAUGUGUAUCUUUACAAUUAUCAUUAUUUAAGGAUGGUACAUAAUUUGUUAAAUAUCUUUGAAAAGCCAUUAUUACUAUUUUGUUCAAGAAUAUACUUUUUUCUAUUACCAAGCAGGUGCCUUAUAGGUCUGUGUAACAAUGUGCUUAUUUUGGAGGGUGUGCAUGUUGCCUUUCAAAAGAUGUUUAAUAACCAAAUUGAAUUUUGAAGCUCUAGUUAUCGGAGUAAUUAUUUUACAACUCUUACACCUCAAUUACUUCUCACCUCAAUGCUACAUGCAUAUUUGCAUUUUUACAGAUGCACUGUCUAUAGACUUUAGACACAUUAUUGACAAGAUAAUGGCCUUGACUCAGUGUGUUUGGGAUUCUCUUAGCCUCCCUCCCAAUAAAAAGAACAUACCUUCAGUUCAGGGUAGGUUGCAUGUGUAUGCAUUGAUUAUGUAUUGUUUGGCUUGGAUGUUUUAAUGAGGGAUAAGAGAUCAUUCUAGCCUGGAUCCCAGUCUGUGGGUGUUGUCAUGGAAAAUCCUUGCCUUGACAAUGACAACAAUGGAGUACGAGAGCACAAGCAGACUUAAGAAAAGGAUAAAGCGACAGUACUAUAGCAUGGUUCUGAUCAUAAUAUAAUACUUUGUAUUACAACUCCUGCUGUGAAACAAACAGUUCGAUAAUGUGUCUGUUAAGUGUAAAGAAACAAAUGGGUCACUGAUGUAUUUGUAUUAAAAAGUUUUAACUGACUGACAUCCUGGUAUUACAUUAUUUUCCUGAAAUGGAAAUCUAGCUCCUAGACACUGAGUGCAAUAGCCCAGGGAUGAGAUAAAGAACAAUGUCAACCAGCAGUAGUAUGUGACAUUG